ACUUUGCACUUCUGUGACAUUAUUUCAUCAUUAUCGAGAAUUUUUUGUCACAUACGCAUAUUGCGAGUAAUUUUUACGAAAAUGAUUCCAAGUGAGAAUAAUAAAAGAGAUUUAAAUGCACAGUGGAUAUUUUUAGCACGUCAGGUAUUAGUGUCAAGUGGAGUUUGGGUUCACUUCUUCAUGUUCGGUCUUUGUAUGGGAACGCCGACCAUUUACAUCUCCCAAAUUAGAAGAGACGCCAACUCCACAGACGUCAUAACAGAAGAGAUGUCUUCAUGGCUAAGUUCAACACCGAUGUACAGCUCUGUUCCCAAUCUAUUCGUCGUCGUGGCUGUAUCAGCUUACUAUGGACCGACCAAAGCAUUUUUGACUAUAUGUAUAACUUCAGUUUUGGGAUUUCUUAUCAUGUACUUUAGUACAUCUGUUAUUGGUGUUCUCGCCGGUGAAGUGGUUAUUGGUGCUUUGAUAGCAAGUGAUUGCGUAGUGUGUAUAAGGGUGUUAACAGAAUAUAUAUCACCUCAGUAUCGUGGAUCAUUUCUUGUUAUAAAGUCCGCGUCAUUUGCUUGGGGGAUGCUUAUUGCUAAUUUAAUGGGUACUUUCUUACGUUGGAAAUCCAUCCCACUAUUGGGCUGUGCUUUAGCAGUUUAUGCUUUCGUAUCUGCAUUAUUUUGGCCUGAUUCUCCGUAUUGGUUGGCAAGUAAGCAGAAAUACACAGCUUGCACAGACUCACAUAACUGGCUAAAGGGCCAAAGUAUAGAAUCAGUACGAGAACUUGAAUCUCUUAUUGCAGCACAUGACAAUUUUGUUCAGUCUAAAACCGGAAAUCGAAAACAUGUAAGGCAAUUGAUAGAAACCUGUUAUUCAAAGGCAUUAUACAAGGCAUUUGGAUAUGCAAUAUUACUGCUUUGUCUACAUCAGUUUUCUGGUAAGAUAGCAUGCAAUGUUUACGCAUUACAAAUUAUAAAGACGGUAACAAAUAGUGAAUCAACAACAUACAUUGGGAUGUUAGAAAAUAAGUAUAUAUUUUUGACAUUACUUUCGUUAUAUAUGAUAUCUGUUAGUUGUGGUCCAGUGUCUCUUUCGCCGUCCUUAAUUGCUGAACUUUGCCCUUUACGAAAUCGUAAUUUGUAUAUGUUUUUAGUCUCACUCUGUGGAAAUAUGAUAAUGGCUACCGUUAUUAAAUUACUACCUCUUUUGUUUGCUUCUAUGGGUUCUCAUGGCGCAUUUAUGUUCUAUGGUUCGAGUUCAUUAUUCUUUAUAAUUUUAAUUACUUGCUUAGUGCCUGAAACAAAAGACAAAAGUAUUAUCGAGAUGGAUGCAUUGUUACGCAAUUGAUUAUAAAUAAUCAAUUCCGUAACUAAUAAUAAAUUAUUCAUAAUCACUCUGAAGGACGUAAAGUUUUAAGAGAAAAUUUAUCGUUUUGUGAUUUUAUGACGUGAUUAUUUUCGGACC